AUGAAGUGGCUAAUCCUUGCAUUAGUAUGCCUUCACCUCAGUCAGGCUAUGAUCAAAGUAUCCUUAAAACGAUUCAAGUCUAUGCGGGAAGAAAUGAUGGAAAAAGGGGUCAGUGGACCACUCCUACACAAGUAUUAUGAUCCAGCCAGCAAAUACAUCAACCAGUUUGCCGUUGCUGAUGAGCCUCUUGCUAACUACAUGGAUAUGUCCUAUUAUGGAGAGAUCAGUAUUGGAACUCCACCCCAGAACUUCAUGGUUCUCUUUGACACUGGGUCAUCCAAUCUCUGGGUGCCAUCCAUCUAUUGCCAGAGUCAGUCUUGCAGCAACCAUGCAUUAUUUAAUCCCAGUCAGUCUUCUACUUAUUCCAGCAAUGGACAAACUUUUAGUAUACAGUAUGGAAGUGGUAGUCUCAGUGGGGUCUUUGGCUAUGAUACUGUAACGGUAAGUAGCAGUUCUCUCCAAGUGGAAA